CUCAUGGGCUAAAAGAAUAAAUCUGGUGUUAGGAAGGUAAAAAAAGAAAUCCAAAAUCAUAACCCUUGUAUUCAAAGCCACCGCACUGCUUGGUCACAAAUCCGCACACUGCCGUUCACUCAGUUCAUCGAUCAAUCAGCCGAUCAAAUCUAGCCAGGAAAAAUGAGCGGAGCGGGGAAGAAGGUCGCUGACGUCGCAUUCAAGGCCGGGAAGACUAUCGAUUGGGAGGGGAUGGCGAAGCUGCUGGUCUCCGACGAGGCUCGCCGCGAGUUCGCCACUCUCCGCCGCGCCUUCGACGAGGUCAACACCCAGCUCCAGACCAAGUUCAGCCAGGAACCAGAACCCAUUGACUGGGAGUACUACAGAAAAGGGAUUGGAUCUCGCUUGGUCGAUAUGUAUAAGCAAGCCUAUGAUGAAGUUAAAAUUCCGCAGUAUGUCGACAAUGUCACUCCUCAGUACAAACCUAAGUUCGAUGCUCUGUUGGUAGAACUGAAAGAAGCUGAGCAGAUGUCACUGAAGGAGUCUGAAAGAUUAGAAAAAGAAGUGGCAGACGUCCAAGAUUUGAAGAAACGUCUUAGCACCAUGACAGCGGAUGAAUACUUUGAGAAGCAUCCCGAACUCAGAAAGAAGUUUGAUGAUGAGAUUCGGAACGAUUACUGGGGCUAUUAGAUUUGAUUUAAUGUGACCGUUCUGAGGUGAUCUUGUUGAGUUUUAACUGCAAUUCAGAAAUAAAGAGAAGGAUGAAGUUGUCAAUUUAUUCCGUCGGUUCGUAAUGACCGUGGACAUGAACUCUUAGGCUCGGAGGUGCUUUUUACACUUUCCGUUGAUGAUGGUGAAAAUGAAUCAUACCAUUUCCAAUUAUGUGCAUUUUGUGUUUAUCUGCCCUUUUCCAUCUUAUAUAAAGGCAGUUUUCUUGCUCAGAGUGUCAUGUGGCAUAAUGUUAUUAAUGUAUCUCAUUUAUUUACCA